CGGAGCUACCGGCCGCUCCGAGCCGGGGGGCCCAUGAGCGGCGGGGGCGGCGCGGCGGAGCCGGGGGCGGGGCACGCGGCGGGCUGGAGCCGGACACGAUGCCCCGCCGGAAGCAGCGACACCCGCAGCCCGUGAAAGCAGUAACUGGCUGGCGCUCCGUGUGUUGCAGUGGACACAGAAGACACUCUCGAGGAGACGCCAGGAGGGGGCCUGGUGCUGCAGAGUGACCUGCUGCUGGGCCAGGACCUGGAGUUUGAGGACAGCAGCGACAGGAUCAUGGGCUUUGAGAAAGACUCAGAAGUGGACUCCCUGGUGGGGAAGAUCACCAUCCCGGCCUACUCGUUGAGCGACGACGCCUGCUACCGCCAGCUGCGCGUGGAGAGUGACCCCGAGGAGGGGAGGGAGCCUGGCCCCCCAGCCUCGCCUUGCCCUCAGUGUGGCCUGCAACUGGCCGCGCGCUUGGGGCAGAGCUGCCCCCAGUGUGCAGGGGCCGAGGGCCAGCGUGUGCUCUACUCCUGCCAGCUCUGCCCCUUCACCUCCCACUACUCCAGCCACCUCAAGCGCCACAUGAAGACCCACAACGGCGAGAAGCCCUUCAAGUGCCCGCACUGUGAUUAUGCCUCGGCCCAGCUGGUGAACCUGACACGGCACCAGCGCACGCACACGGGCGAGAGGCCCCACCGCUGCCAGGCCUGCAGCUUCGCGUGCAGCAGCCUGGGCAACCUGCGGCGCCACGAGCGCAUCCACAGCCAGGAUAAGCCCUUCCAGUGCAGCGCCUGCGACUACCGCUGCAACCAGAGCCGCAACCUCAAGCGCCACAUGCUGCGCCAUCGCCAGGCGGAGGAGGGGCCCUGCUGCCAGGACACGGCCCAAGAGCCGCUGCUGCCAGAGCUGAGCCUGCGCGCGAGCGGUGCGGGCAGCCCCCUCCUGCCCGGCUGCGCCCGCCUGCGGACCGAUGAGGCAGACGCCUUGCCGGAGCUGCUCUUCCCCUUCACCUGCCGCAUGUGCGGGCUGGUGCUGGACGACGGCUUGGUGCAGGACGAGAGCCUGGUCGAGCAGAUCUGCAGCCGCUGCAGCCUGGCCGUGCUGAGUGACAGUCCCCCCGAGGCCGGCCCCAAGGGCUUCUCCUGCAGCCUGUGCCCCUUCGCCACACACUACCCCAACCACCUGGCCCGCCACAUGAAGACGCACAGUGGCGAGAAGCCCUUCACCUGCCCCCUCUGUCCCUACGCCUCUGCCCACCUGGACAACCUGAAGCGGCACCAGCGCGUGCACACGGGCGAGCGACCCUACAAGUGCCAGCUCUGCGACUACGCCUGUGGCAACCUGGCCAACCUCAAGCGGCACGGCCGCAUCCACUCCGGCGACAAGCCCUUCCACUGCGGCCUCUGCAGCUACCGCUGCAACCAGAGCAUGAACCUCAAGCGCCACAUGCUGCGCCACACGGGCGAGAAGCCCUUCCGCUGCCGCCACUGCCCCUACACCACCGGCCACUGGGACAACUACAAGCGCCACCAGAAGAUCCACGGCCCUGCUGCCGAGGGCUGGGCCAGCCCCCAGAGCGCCAAGCCCCGGCUGGCCCCGCCGCCCCCGGCUGCCUCCCUGCCCUAGGACCUGGGCCUGGCCCAGAGCAGGAGCAUGGCCAGGGGCUAAAAUGCUGCUCCUUGGAACGAGGUUUGGGCCGGGUGGCCCCUGCCGGCACAACAGCCUGGGUGCAUGGCCUUCCUGGGCCUGUCCUUUCCUAGGGGACAUGGCGAGGAGCAAGUGCCUGGCCUUAGGGGGCUGUAGUGCUGGGUGGGGGGCUGGCCAGCCAUGGGGGCAGGGCCCAGCAGUGCUGCAGAUUCCCCCUCUCCCUCCCCCCCCCAUGCAGGCUGGGCCUGGCCUCAGGGGUGGGAAGCAGGAACUCAGACCGAUUGCUGCCCAGUAACCUGGGCUAGGGCCAGGAAGCUCCACACCCGAACUGUGCCCAGCUGCACCUCUGCUUCCUGCAGUGCCAGGACAACCGCUGCCCAGCCGUGGUGC